GACCGGGGGAGGGGGGUGGAACCGGGAGCGGAGCGUAGACCCUACAGCCCCCCAUUGCUGUGGGGGGGGGCUCCGUGCCCUGGAGAGUCCGGGGCCGUUAUGGCCUCUGCAGAGGCGGGGGAGUCCCGACAGGCCCAGCCUGGGGAAUGUCGCGACAUGAGUCCCGACAAGCCCAGGGGAAAAAAUGGCGGCUGGACCUCCCGUCCGCCAGGGGGCGCUCCAGACACUAGACAGCGGCACGGCGCGCGGCGAUGACGUAAUUCCGGCCCCGCCCCGCGCGCCGCGUCGAUCGGCGAUGACGUCAGGGCGGCGAUGGCGGCGGCGGAGAAGACGCAGCGCUACGAGGCCUUCGUGAGCGACGUCCUGCAGCGCGACCUGCGGCGCGUGCAGGAGCAGCGCGACGCCGUGUUCGAGCAGCAGGCGCAGGUGCUGCAGCUCCGCUCCGCCCUCUCCCGCCUACAGGAAGCCGCCGCCCCCCUGCGCACCCAGGUCGACCUCGGCUGCAACUUCUUCGUUACUGCAGAAGUCCCGGACCCACAGCGUGUGUUUGUGGCCCUGGGCUACGGGUUCUACGCGGAGCUGACGCUGCCCGAGGCCCUUCGGCACCUGGAGCGCCGCAGCCGCCUCCUGCAGCGGCUCAGUGACUCCCUGACCCGGGAUGGGGCCAAGAUCCGGGCGCACAUCCGGCUGGUGCUGGAGGGCCUGCGGGAGCUCCAGGGGCUCCAGGAUCCCCCUGCCACCUCCGAGCCCUGAUGGACACCUGGGCCCUCCUCUCACCUGUGUAUCGUGUAUGUAAACCUGGAGUAAAGAGCUUUUUGUAACCCUGGA